AUGGCAUCCACUCCCUCGAAUCGACACAAGCUUACUCCCGCUGCCUCUCCCUUUGUCACAAGGACUUCUAGGUCCCCGGGUCCUCAACGCUCCCGUACCCUCAAUGAGACCUGUUUGUCCCUCAGGCGUGUCAUAGGCACCACUUGCUCCUCGCCUACCGGUUUCGAUUCCGUUCACUCCUCUUUCGCCUACAUUGCCGGCGGAGCUGUGGUGGUUGUUGACGUAUCGGGCGAGCAUUAUUCCCAACGCUUUUAUCGAGCCCGUCCCUCGGCAGUCCCCGUCUUUGCGCUUUCACCCGUCUCACACACCACCGCAGCGAAUUCAAAUCCGACACCGAAAGCCAAUGACAGUAGGAACAGGACCACUGCUUCACAGAGGGAAUCGGCCUAUCAGACAGCAGACUCAUCACAGACUUGGACAAGUCGCGAGCGCAUAAAGGCUGCCACUUGCCUUGGCCUCAGCCGGGAUGGACGAUACCUGGCAGUUGGCGAAACGGGCUAUGCUCCCCGCGUACUCAUCUUCAACCUCCAAGAUGCCUCGUCCGAUACGCCGUUGGUUUCCAUCAGUGAACACGCAUUUGGAGUCAAGGCGGUAGCAUGGUCACCAGACACACGGUUCUUGGCCUCUCUAGGAGCUGCCAACGAUGGGUUCCUCUAUAUAUGGAAGAUCGACACAAGAACUGGUGCUGCCAGGCUCUUUCAGCAAAACCGCUGUACCUCUCACGUCAAGGGCAUGGUGUGGAUGGGCAACAAUUUGAUAACAUUGGGUGUCCGUCACAUCAAGGUCUGGAGGGUUGAAGAACCACCGCCCAUCUCUCCGACAAAAUCAAAAUUCUCACAACAAGAGGCGGCCUGCUCGGCUGCCCAACUGGCCCAAAAACCAUUGCCUGGCCGAAAUAUUCUGCUGGGUUCUAUGCUGGACGCCACGUUCAGCUGCGCUCUUGCACUUGAUGAAAAUAGGGCCAUCAUCUGCUCAGAAACGGGCAGUGUGUGCCUCUUGGACGACACAAACAAGCAAAUGAAACUAACACGACUGCUGGACCUGAACUUUCACGUCAGUUGCAUAUCGAUGAGGAAAGAGAUGCUUUACGUUGGCGGGAAAGAUGGUCAGCUGGCAACUCUCGCACUCGAUGGUGUCUUGGAAGGCAUCCCCGAUCCUGUUAUUCAUAACCCACACACGUCAGACGGACUUGUGGCCCUGGGCUUUCUCGCCGAGAAUUUCGUAACGAUCGACAACCGCCGAACAAUCAACAUUUGGAGUCCCGACCAUAUUCCAGCCGUAUCAUCCGACGAUCCUCACCACAUUCCGAUACCUGGCGCCGGCGAUAUCGUUGGAAUACAAGAGCUUCCUGGGUACAAUGGCGCGGACGCAUCCUUCGUCACCUGGUCAGCAUCUGGAAGGAUCAAUCUGUGGAAUAUGGAUGGCCUCAUCAAGUUGACGCUUGACGUUCCCGUGGACCAGGUAGAAAACAACACCGAUGGCGAGCAACCGGUCAAUCAGCUUGUGGUGGUUAGAGCCACGAAAGAUGGAAGUCUCUUUGCUGUGGGGGAUAAGCUCGGCGUUCUUCGCAUCAUUGACGCCUCUACGAGAGUCUGUUUACUUGAGACGAAGGCACAUUCUUCUGACUGCCAGGAUAUCACCAUCUUCGAGGACGAGUCAAAGCUUCUUAUCGCAUCUUGCGGCAGAGACCGCACAGCCCAAUUGUUCCAUCGAACAUCUUCCGGCGCAAUUGAGCACUUUCAGACACUGGAGUUUAGUGCCAAGGUCGUCCAAGUUUUGAUUCCCUCCCGCGACAAAGUUCUCACCUGUUCGCUGGACCGCACCCUUCAGAUACACGAUCUGGUUUCGAAAGAGAGUGACCCUGAUGUCAUGGCAGCCAUUCCUUCCAGGGUCAUUACGCUACGGGCUUCACCGUCCUCAAUGGUGGUAACGCCUUUUGAAAAGUCAAUUUUUGUAUCACUUUUGGAUCGCUCAGUUUGUCAUUUUGAUUACAACAAUGGACGGCUCUUGAACUCGUUCAAAUGCAACGACGAAGGAGGGUCCGAGACCGUUAUCUUGGAAUCGCUACGAUACGGGACAACGGGGGAAAUGGGCUUCUUGCUUGGCAUUUCCAAUACAGACAAAUCCAUCCGAGUAUACGACGCUCAGUCUGGGGCCUUCAUGGGCCGCGAAUGGGGUCAUACGGAAGCCAUCAACGGUGUGGUGAUGGUUGAGGGCGAGCAGGCUGGCAGAAAGAUUAUCAGUGUCGGAGAGGAUGGGACCAUCAUGGUAUGGGGGCUGGAUAUACAGUUUCCAGUGACUGGUUCCAGGAACCGCGAUCCUUCGCCUGAUAAGACCACCAGUUCAAGGGCCAACAAUCCGUCUGCGCACAGCCGACCGCCACUCAGGAGGGUUUUAUCAAAGGCUGAGCUAGCCGAGUUUCAACGACCAUCUUCAUCCCAUGCCGGCAGCAGCAGACAACGCCGUCUCUCACCCGGUCGGAUACAGUCUCGUCGAUCCUCCCAACAACACGCACCCAUUUCCACGACACGCACACCAGUAACGUCAGGGAAGCGGAUCAGCCCCGAUGGCACUGGGUCCAUUCGAAUCAAACGCAAAGCCCUACGUCGAACAUCUUCAGGAGCAGGUAGCAGAUCCGAAAGCCCGCCUUCCGAGGACAACGGCAUAUACCGUCGCUGCGCAUCACCCCCGCUCAUCAACGGCGACACAACACCCACAGCAACCUCCUCCACCAUCCGCUCCUCCGCCCGCAAGAAGAGCAGCCUGUCCAACCUCCGAAGCAACACCGCCCCCAGUACAUCCGCAGGGCCAAGCAGCGCCGCCAACGGCUACGGCUUCGGAUCCCUCAGCGCCGCCACCGAGCAGACGUGCCGCCAACUACGCGCCUACCGCAAGAAGCUGGCAAGCCCCGACGCUAUCAGCGGCGACAUCCUCGCCGAGCUCGACGCUGAACUGCGACUUACCGCGGCCGCCCUCGGCGAGCGCGCGAUUCGUAGCCGCAGCAGCAGGAGACCUCAUCUCCACCAGAACCAUCACAGUCACAGCUACUGCGGCCAUGAUCGCGAUCGUGGACACAGUCAUGGUCAUGACAGAGGAGGAGAAAAGGCGCUCAGCGAGGGCAUGCUCACCAACUUGCUGGAUCAGUACAGUGAACGGUUGGUCAGCAUGCUUGAUGAGAAGUUGAGGAUGAGGCUUUUGAGCGAGGAGGAGAGGGAGGCGAUGAUUAGUGCGCGACAGAAUCAAAGGCCGAGGACCUCAGGAGAAGGGUCGACAAGCUCGGGGGCGUCGGGAGUGACGGAGGGGAGGAGUGGGAGUAGUUCGGUGGGCAGCACGAUUAUGUGCAUCGAUGGAGAUGGGAUUAUGAUGCAGGGGGGAGAGGAAGAAGAGGAUGGUGGUGGAGAGGCUGAUGGGGAGACGGAGUGUGAUGGAGAGGGAGAGGGAGGAGCGGACACCGAGGCGGAGGCGGAUGAUGCCUUCUGUGGUGGCGGAGAUGGAGAAAGGAGGAGGAGGAGAGAGAGUGCCAGUGAGUUGAACGAGAGGAUGUUGGGGUUAGGCUUGGAUUUACAUCGUUAG